ACGACUGUUAACAGAGUUUUCCUUCUCAUUGUCAUCACUUUACCUGUCUCAAAGGUUUAUUUAAAAUGUAUUCAAGUUUAUGGAAAUAAUUGUUUCUUUCUACUGCCACAAGUCCUAAGAGGAAAUAAUGUUUGUGGACAACGUAGUUAGGUCGCCCUCCUUAGCCGGUGGAGAGCUUUACCGCUGGAAGAGGCGGACGCCGAGCACUUUUGGCAAAACGAAGCCUCAUUUAACAAAUGAUGAUGUUGAGAACUGGAUACAGAAGGUGGAGCGGGCUUCUGAAUUUGCUGUGUCUGAAGUAUUUUCAGUCAAAAAGCCCUCUACCUCUGCAAAGUUACGAAGUCAUCAAAUGGCUCUGGAGAGCACCGAGCAGCUGCAUGAUCAUGAUGAUGCUUAUUUUGAAGCACGAGAUCUGCUGGAUAACUGGAUGACCUCUAAACUUAGGCUGGAUCUUGAAGUUGAUGAUGAGAAUUUGGCCAUAAGCUCUAAAGAUCACAGUUUAGAGACCGAAAGCCAGCUUCUCACAGAGAAAGCUUCCCAAUUCCAACAGUACAAUAAAUUUGAUGAUCUGUACAGCCACUUAGAGCAUGAGGCAGAGACUGCUACAGUACACAGUUUCUUACAGGAGUUAAUGGCAAAGGAAGUGGCAACUUCUGGUAUCUUGGAUGACCAUCGAAUGGAUAAGGAAGAAAAGCCAAAGAAAGAUCCCCGCUUGAUAAUGGAACUGAGGCAUCAGCAGGUGAAGGAAAGUCGACAAAGACGACAGGCUGAGCUUGAGCAGCAACGUCGAGAGAAACUCAUGAAAAAAGAAGCACAUGCUGAGGCUCAGCGUUUGUUGCAGGAGGAAGAGCGCCUAAAGCAGCUGGCAGCACGCAAACAGGAGGAAGACAUCCAGAGAGAAGUGGUACGGCUUCGUAAAGAGAUGGCUGAACAGAGGAGGAUUAUGGAGAAGGCCAAACAGCAAGAACGAGAAAGAAGUCGCAUGGAAAAGACUGCCAUGGAAAAAGUUGCCCAGGAAAGGACUACUCUGGUUUCUCAGGCCUUGUCCAAUGAUAGUGUCCGAUACCUUCAAGUGACUGCUGCAAAACAGCGAGAGGUGGAAAUGAAAAUUGAAGUUCGAAAUCUGAGGUGUUUGCAGAGGCAUUUUUCUGCAUGGUAUAAGCUCGUUCUACAACAGCGAAUGAAGAUGGGAAAAGCAGGAGCACUAUGUGACUGGAGAAGACAGCUACGUACAUUUCGGGCUUGGAGGGCAUACGUAUGGACUAGGAAAGUAGAAAAGGAAUCCCAGCAGACUGAAGUUCAGCUGCGUGAUGAUAAUAGAAAGCUGCAGAUGGCUGUGGAAAAUGAUCGUCAACGCAUCCUGAGACAAUACCUAAAUGACUGGCAGAUCUGGUGCAAAGCUGAGCAGGAAAAAAGAGAAAUGCUGAAGAGGAAAGAAGAAACUAAAAUGAAAAUGGCAGCUUUUCUUGAAGCUGCAUCUUCAAGAAAGUUUUAUGUGGAAACUGCUACUGAUGAAAUCGAGCAACUAACACUUCCAGCUAAUGAACAGCAGCCCCCAAAUAUAACAAAAGAGGAGCCUCUGCCGGUUCCUGCAAGACCUUUGUUACACAACAGACAUGGCACCUUUCCAAACAAGCCUCAACAAGCGUGGCAGGUCACCAAACGGCAUGCAGGCCUUACUGUGGCUGAUCUGCGUCAGACUGAGGCACAGCAAACGGCAGAAACAACAGUUCGCAGUGGGAUAAAACGGGUGGAGUUACAUGGCAGCAACUUUGAGAACAGACAUGCCUUUCAAAGACAAAUGAUCGAAGAGCAGAAGCGACAACUCCAUGAACAGAAAGAGAUGAUCUUGGAGCUGCAGGAAAACCAACGUUUGAUUAUGCUUAGGCAGGAGGCAGAGCGGGCCACUGCUGUGACAAAUGCUCUAGUGACGCCAAGGAUGGCAAAAAUCCCUGCCAGCAAACCUGUUCCUCACAGCAAUAUCCAGAAUAGCAAUGAAAAAAUCUUGAAUGAAACCAGCUCUCCUGCUUCAAACCAUGGGCUCCUCACAGAAGCUAAGAGUGGUUCACCACAAUUGAAAGUGGCAACCCAGUAUAUGGCACCAACUCAUCCUGUGGUUAAAGCUAUGGAAGAAAGAGCAAAACAGCGUGCCAUAAGAAAAAGAGAAAUAGAGGAGCUGAAGAGAAGAAAGGAAGAUGAAAAGUUGGCCCAGUUGCAGGCAGCAGAGGAAGAAAGACGGCAGAAGGAGGAAACAGAAAAGGAAGCCCAGUUAGAAAAGAGACGUGAAGAAAAAAGACUGAAGAAACAGAAAGAACAGGAAAAACAAAAGAGGCUGGAGAUGCAGCAAGUACUGCAAGAGAAAGCAGAAGAGCAUUAUCACCACUGUCUUCUAAAAAACAAAGGUUUGAAGCCAUGGAAAAGACUCCUGGAACUCUCUGAGGAAAAUGAAGAGGUAGCAAAGAAUCACUACACUUCAGUAGUCCUUCAAAAAUAUUUUCAGUACUGGAAGCAGGUAGUGAACAACAUAAUAGCUGAGAAGGUUGCUCGAGCAAAUGAUUUUUAUGAGCAUCUCCUGCUGCAGAGAAGUCUUACUAAUUGGAAAAGGUAUAAGACAUACUUGUGGAUACUGGAAGAGAAAGCAACCAGAUACUGCAAUCGAUCUUUAAAAAAGAAAACAUUGAAAAUUUGGGUUGAGUUCACGAAGGACGAGUCAACUGCCAUGUGGCAAAAGCAACAAGCUGCAGAAAAAUAUUGUCAAAGGAGACAAAUACUUACUCCCUUCAGAGCCUGGCGAAGGUUUCCUAAAUUUUUAAAAGAAGAAAGACAAAAGGAAGAAAGAAUAGAAAAACUUCGUAAGAAGGUGGCAGAGAUUCUUCCGGAUUUUGGCUCGUGAAAGGUCUGUGUCCAGCAAGCCUUACAAUAUGAGCCAGAACGGGUUUCUUUUCAUGAACUUAUUAAUGAACUCUGUCUGACAUGGUAACUGAACAUUUGCCUUAACUGUAGGCAGCUAGAGAUUAAAGUUUUGGACUUAAACCCAGAGAUGGUGAAUUCAAAUCCUACAACUGUUACUGUGUGACCAUGAGCAUGUUAUUUCACCUGCAACAAGAAAAGAAAUGUAAAAAAAUAAACAUAUCUCAAAUGGUGCAAGUUGCCUUGGAUAAAGACAUCAGCAAAACAAGAAAUAAUAGUAACUGGCUCACACAUAUCACAGAAUUGUUGUCCUGCCAUUCUUCUGAUUGAUCCAAGAUGUUCUUUAAUAGAAACCAAGGAAAACAUUCCUGCAUUCUGUUCAGUUUCAGUCUACAGUAGUGCUUUCUUCUUAAAUGACACUAAAUUAAUCAAAUUCUAGUUUUUUUUUUCUUUUGUUUUAAACUCAGUAAUUUAUAUGUUGUGUUUUUACCAUAGAAAAGCACUUAUCCCGCUGGGCAGACAUGAUUCUUAAAAAACCUGGGAACAACUUGUUAAAAAGUCUGUAGUGAACAGCAGUGAAGUCGGCUAAUGCAAAAACACCAUACACAGGUCUUCUUCCUAGAACAUCCGCCUGCAGUCUCUCCAGUCUGUGUACUUAGAACCGCUGGGGUUUCAGGAAGAAAGCAAAAUAAACUGAACAAACCACUUGAUGCUAAAAGAAAAUAAAAAACUAAGUUUCAGGAGCCCAGUAGCACAAAGUACCUGAAGCUUCAUGGUUAAUUUGUAUAUUGUAAUGAGCGUGGAGGCAGACAGACACACACACACGUAGACCACCGUGGCUACCUGGUUCCAUGUUUGAAAUGUGCUUCUGUCUACUAUGAUCUCUUUCUGUCAUUUUGACUACUGCAUCAUUACAUGGCAUAACAACAGCAAGUGGAGUGUAGAUAAGCAUUGUGGUCUAUGGAUAUACUAUGUGUUGAAACGCUGUGGCUAUAUUCUGGCAGGGCAUGGCAUGUUUGCAUUUGCACUCUAACAGUAACGUUAACUUCCUUUAGUUACAGAUGUGCAGUCAGAAGGUGGAUGUUGAGCUGUAGUGUUCAUGGUUCAGCUCGUAUUGUUAGGCACAUCUACUGAUUCGGGUGUUUUGAGUGCUGAAAUCUGCAUCUGCUGUGGCUCUUCAUUAUCAACUCCUUUUGAAGGGGUGUGAUACAUUGUUUACUGCAAAUGCAUAUUUUGCAACUCAUUCUCACAAACAUUGCUGUCAGUUUAUAACUUACAUAGUCUUGGAGUCAAUCGUCAAAACUAAACAACAGAGUGUUGCUCACAGCCCCUGCAACAACAUAUUCACUUUUACUACUAGUCCAUUUAUGUCUUCAAAUGCCAGUGUGUAAUCUAAUUUUACA